AUGACAACAUGUCACGUGUUAGUUCAAGGUCGGGCAAAUGAUGAUUCAUUGGGUCCCACUGGAACAGUUGGACUUGUCAUCACAGAUCCUUCUACAGUAAUCUUGAUAGAUGCUGGUGACCCGUGGAAUGGAUCUGAAAUUAUUGAAAAGCUGAAGGAUCACAAUGUGACAUCCGGCCAAAUAACUCAUAUAGUGGUGACUCAUGGUCAUCUGGAUCAUUGUGCAAAUCUGGGACUUUUUCCGGAGGCUACUGUAAUUAUGGAUUGGGAUGUUGGGAAGAAGUCAAAAGAAAAUCCAAGGAAAACUGAGUAUUGCGUGAUUCCAGCAUGGCCAUAUAGGAUUUCGGAUUGCUGUAAGAUAAUGAAUCUAUCUGGUCACACAGCAUCCGACACUAUUGCAAUCGUUCAAGACAUAAAAAUGAAGAGAUUGGUUGUCUAUAGUGGAGAUUUGAUAGAAGAUUCUCAAGAUCUUCCAAACUUUGAAAUAAAUCAAUUGAAACUGAUGGAAGAUGAGGAGACAGAGCUCCUGUCAUCUCAAGAAUUUGUGUUUGGCUCUGGCGAUUUCAUUAUUCCUGGACAUGGCGCCCCUUUUGAGAAUCCGGAGAGAAUUCUUUUUUUAUUUUUCUCGUUUUGGAGAAGAUUUAUGAUAGUUUAG